CAUAUUGGUGAUACCCAGUUUAUUUGUCCACAUGGGUUUGUUUUUGUCAAUUUUCCAUUAACUGCCGAACUGAUGCAGAAAUGCAUGUCGGUGAAUCCCUUUGAAGCAAAGUUCCGGGAAGCGAACAGGAAGCUAACCACGGGUGCUCUUGAGGCAAAUGGUCUCGUCCCGGCCACGAUGUCGCUGCCGAGUACUAACGGUACUUUCUCAUUGCUAAAACUGCCUUCAUCCCUAUCGGAAUCCCCCGGAAUUUUCUCGAAUAUCAGCAUUCUGCAAACGGAUGCUGACGGAGUCGUCAAUGAGAACCUUAAAACUGCCGAUAUAUCCAAGCUAUUGCUUCAAGUGAGUAAAUUUCUCCAACAGGCACCCAGAACUGCCGAUGUGUUGAAUGCGGUUCUUGAUAUGCACUCGGAUCGUUUGCACACGAUUAAUUAUAUCAAUAAACCGGACUUUUCAAUGUUUUCUUCGUUGACACCGUCCGGAUCUGCUCCGAACUCUGCUGGAAUCCUGGCAACGGCUGCCGCUGCUCAAUGCGUUCCGUCGACAAGCGGUGGGCUACUGGCACCUCCGCCACGAAGUGUUACGAUAAGCCCGGUGCAGUCACCUCGGAGCAUGAAGGAUCAGAUGACGAUCCUCGAGAGAAAUAAGGCGGCAGCCGUUCGCUAUAGAAAACGAAAGAAGGAGGAACAUGACGACAUGAUCACCCGCGUACAUACAUUGGAACAGGAAAAAGUGCAGCUGAAUACACAGAACCAAGUUCUUCGACGAGAACUCGAGCGCGUAACGGCUCUUUUACGGGAAAGAGAAGCUCGGUGUGUGUGCUUGAAGGGAAUGCCACUCAGCACCGAUUUACGAAUGGUUGCCGUCUCGGAUCUACUCGGUAGGUUAGGAAGAGAUUAUAUUGCUGCAUUGGUGCCGAAUGGUCGAUGUUCUGAUUAG